AUGUCCGGCGAAAUGGCGAACGAGAUCAAGCUCAUCAGCGGAAGGAGCCACCCCGAGCUCAGCGAGAAGGUUGCGAAGCGACUCGGAAUCGAGGUCGCUAGGACCAUCUCCCUCAACUACUCGAACCAGGAAACCUCCUUCACCGUCGGCGAGUCGGUCCGCGACGAAGAUGUCUUCAUUAUCCAGUCCACCGCCACCGGCGACGUCAACGAGGGCUUGAUGGAGCUCCUCAUCGCCAUCUCGGCCUGCAGAACCGCCAGUGCUCGGAGGAUAACGGCAGUCAUUCCCAACUUCCCCUACGCUCGCCAGGACAAGAAGGACAAGUCGCGCGCUCCUAUUAGUGCCAGGCUUGUCGCCAACAUGUUGCAGACCGCCGGUGCCAACCACAUUGUCACCGUUGAUCUCCAUGCUUCUCAGAUCCAAGGCUUCUUCAGCGUUCCCGUCGACAACCUGUAUGCGGAGCCUUCUUUCCUCCGCUACAUUCGCGAGAACUACAAGGCUGAGGACUGUGUGAUCGUUUCCCCCGAUGCCGGUGGUGCCAAGCGUGCUACCUCCAUCGCCGACCACCUCAACACUGGCUUCGCUCUUAUCCACAAGGAGCGCCCCCGCCCCAACGUCGUUGGUCGCAUGGUUCUUGUUGGUAACGUCGAGGACAAGAUCGCCAUCCUUGUCGAUGACAUGGCCGACACUUGCGGCACUCUCUGCAAGGCUGCUUCCGUCCUCAAGGAGAACGGCGCCAAGGCCGUCCUCGCUCUCGUUACCCACGGUAUUCUCUCUGGUAACGCCAUUGAGAACCUUAACGGCAGUGUCCUCGAGGCUCUCAUCUGCACCAACACCGUCCCUCUCGGUGACAAGAUUGAAAGGUGCCCCAAGAUCCGCGCCAUCGACAUCUCCCCAACCAUCGCCGAGGCUAUCCGCCGCACACACAACGGCGAGUCGGUGUCCUAUCUUUUCAACCACGCCCCUGUCUAA